GUAUGUCCGCGACAAACAACAUGGCUACCUCGGCUGUGACAGUGAAAGGCGGCGUUCACUACAAAAUGAUAAAAGCAACAUUAUUUUGUCGAAAUGCGUCGUUUGCAGCCAGGAGACUAAAUAUGUCUGCUUCGACUAACGACCACCGACUACAGGCCAGGACGAAAGGUGUUCCUCUGCAGCUGGAAGGAGUGGUGGGCCUGGAGAUCCACGCCCAGAUUCACUCCAACACCAAGUUGUUCUCCGGCUCGGGGGUCCAUUUCAUGUCUCCUCCAAACUCCCUGGUGUCAUUCUUGGACGCCUCCUUACCCGGCACGUUACCUGUGUUGAACAGACGAUGCGUUGAGGCAGCAGUGAUGACGGGGCUGGCCCUCAACUGCAGCAUAAACAGGAAGUCCCUUUUUGACAGGAAACACUACUUUUAUGCUGAUCUCCCCGCAGGAUACCAGAUCACGCAGCAGCGGCGGCCCAUCGCGGUGGACGGCAUGCUGACCUACAGCCUCAUGGGCGGUAAAAAAAAGAACCAGGUGCUGAGGAGAAACGUCCGCGUCAAGCAGAUUCAGCUGGAGCAGGACAGCGGCAAGAGUCUCCACGACGACGUCCGCGGACAGACGCUCAUAGACCUCAACAGAGCUGGUGUGGGACUGAUGGAGCUGGUGAUGGAGCCUGACAUGAAGUGUGGCGAGGAGGCAGCGGCGGCCGUCAGGGAGCUUCAACUCAUCCUGCAAGCCCUCGGCACCUGUCAGGCCAACAUGUCUGAGGGCCAGCUGAGGGUGGACGCCAACGUGUCGGUUCACAGACCAGGCGAGCCUCUCGGUGUCAGGACUGAAGUGAAGAACAUCAACAGCGUUCGAUUCCUGUCCAAAGCCAUCGACUACGAGAUCCAUAGACAGAUCGACGUCCUGCGGAGGGGAGAGAGCGUGCAGAACGAGACCCGCGCUUACGACUCCAAAUCCGGGACUACCAUGCCCAUGAGGGACAAGGAGGGUCUUCAGGACUACAGGUUCAUGCCAGAGCCCAACCUGCCCCCUCUGAUGGUGUACGAGGAUGACGCCUCGGUGCCCACCGGCGCCGACCAGGCGGUGGUCAUACAGAAUUUAAGGGCGGGGCUUCCGGAGCUGCCCAGCAAGAAGCGAGACAGGCUGGUCCAAACUCACGGCAUCCUGCCCGAGCACAGCUUCACCCUGCUGAACGAGGAAGGCCUGGUGGAGUACUUUGAGUCCGUGCUGAAGGCCACCAGGAGGGAGCCCAGGAAGGUGAUUGGCUGGGUGACCAACGAGCUGCUGGCCCUCCUUAAACAAGGAGAACUGAAUGUGAGCCAAAGCCCCGUUUCCCCGUCCGCCUUGGCCGAGCUGCUGGAGCUCCAGGAAAGGGGAAGCAUCUCGUCCUCCGUGGCCAAGCAGGUGUUCCAGGAGAUGUGGAGGUCGUCGGGCGAAAAAACGCCGGCACGGAUCAUCCGGGAACAGGACCUGGGCCUCGUUAGCGACGUCACGCAGCUGCACGACAUCUGCCAGAAGGUUCUGGACACGCAUCCCGACAAGGUCCGUGCCAUCAAAUCGGGGAACCAGAAAGUUCUGAACAAGCUCAUGGGACUGAUUCAGAAGGAGACCAAAGGCCGAGCCGACCCGGUUCUAGUGCGGGAGAUUCUACAGGAGAAGAUUUUGUCAUUCAAGGACACCUCGACAGACUAGCAUCGCCACAUUUCAAUCUGUCUAGAUCAACUACAGUAAGUAGGGAUGGCUACCGAAUUCGGUGCCUGUUUUUUGGCACCGGCCAAAAUCGGUGCCAAUGUUACAAGACCCGGGUUGCGUGUGGACCAUCACUCCAGCAGCACUGAGAGCGGACUCAGCCCAAUGACCUCUACUGGAGGUAUGUUGCAACUUCCAAUGCCAUCAUAGAAAUUGACUCUCAAAAACGCCUCAUCCCAAGUAAAGUAAGGCUUCACUUUUCCAAAAAUGCGCUAGCUUGGUGCUAAUAAAAUUGGGCUUUGCUUUCGGCAUGUUACAUCAGUCAUUCUCAAAUAGCGGGGCGGGGGGCGUGUUGCGAUGUUUCCUCCGGGAACAUCCUUUUUUUCCCGGACCAGAAUAUAAUGAAGCCUAUGUAGAACUUUGCUUCACUGUAACCACGGGUGUUGUUUCCUUUUAAUGUUCAUAAACUUACAUUGUUAUGCAGAGUUAUAAUUGUACAGACAAAUUAUACUAUUUACAGUCACGGUGGUGAGAUAUUUAACUUCUUCCUGGGGGAUCAGCAUUAGGGAGUUUACAUGGCAAUGUCAACCUACAGAUUGGGUAUGGAAAACUACAACUAAGAUGCAUGUUAGACUCAAACAGCUGUUGCGUAAUAAGUACAAUACUUACAUUGAUAACACUUUUUAGGGCGCAUCUAAAGACUACAUUUAGCAAAGACUGAACAGUCGAGCCAACACGCCAUAAACCUUAUGGAUGUCGUUGUGGCUUGUGCAGCCCUUUGAGACUUUUGUGAUUUAGGGCUAUAUAAAUAAACAUUGAUUGAUUGAUUGAUUGAUUGAUUGAUUGAUAAACCAGGGGUGUCCAAAGUGCGGCCCGGAGCUAAUUGUUUAGCGGCCCGCCACACAUUCUGGAGAUGCCAUUGCAAAAAUCAAAAAAACAUUAAAAAAGUGGAAUGAGGUGAAAUCUAACUAGAAAACGUUGCAAUGUUGACACAAAGCUGCCAUGCAGGCUGUUUUUUUUUAUUUUGUCUCUUUAUUUUCCUUUUUUGCCAUUGCUCAAAAAAACAAAAAAAAGACAAAAUCAAUAAUAAUGAAUUAUUGACAUCUUCAAGGCUCCAAUGACUUCAAAUAUUUCACAUUAAAAUGUUUUAUGUGGAAAAAUACUGCAUAUAUUGUGUGGUUGCCAUACAAAAACCUCCAAGUUUUCUUUGACAAAAGAGCAUAAAACAAACAAAAUAAUAGUUCAAACGUAAAAACGACAGAUAUAUCUGAAGUUGAUCUCGUAACUUAAGUGUUGAAAGUAAAACAAAUAAUAAUAAAAAUGUAUCACUUCAUGAGUGGGGUACCUUUUGGAUCCCAAAGAUGUUUAGUGGGAUUUUAUUUAUCUUUUCACUGUGAUUAAUCAAAAAUAAUAAUGAAAAUAAAAUCAAUGGUGUCAUGCAUUAUUAAUCUUUUCAGGGCUCCAAUUACUUCACAUCAAACAUUGCUUUCUGAAUGUGGGCGGUGGGGGAAAUACUGCAUAUUUCACUUUUACUAUAAAAAACAAAGUUGUCUUUGACAGAAAAGGCAUAUAUAAUAAUAGGCAAUAAUAAUUUGACUUGUUUUUAACAUUUUAAUGACUGAGACCCUUUACGGCAGACCUGGGCAUUCUGCGGCCCGCGGGCCACAUCCGGCCCUUUGUGCGUCCCUGUCCGGCCCGCGUGAGGCCAAUCAUAAAUUACAAAAUACAUUUUUAAAAGUAUCUAUGUCGAGUGUGCAAUACAACGGUGCUGCUUUUGUUUUGAAAAGCGUUAUUUGUAUUACUUCCGUGUGGACGUAUGCGUGUGCGUGAUUGUGAGUGAAUGUGAACAGCUGCAAUCACAAAUUACAAAAUAAAGUUGAAAAAACAUCUAUGUCGUGCGCACAAUACAACUGUGCUGCUUUUAUUUUGAAAAGUAUUAUUUA